CAAACUAGUGGCAGAGCAAGCAAGGCAAGUAGUGCACAGUUCAGUCAGUUGUGUGUGCAGGUCGAUAACAAUUUUUUUGCCAAAAUGGUUCUCAAAGGAAUUUCUCCUCUUAUAUCACCGGAUUUGCUACGCGUUCUCUCAGCCAUGGGUCACGGUGACGAGAUAGUACUGGCCGAUAUAAACUUUCCAACAAGCGCCACUUGCAAGUUCGGGGCACACGAGAUAAGAGCGGAUGGACAUAACAUACCUGACCUGUUGACUGGCAUCUUGCGACUCUUUCCGUUGGACACCUAUGUGACCUCACCAGCGGCAGUGAUGCAAGUGGUACCGGACGAUGUGCAAAAAGGCAUAGUAAUACCAGUUUGGGAGAAAUACGAAUUGAUAAUCAUCGAAUCGGAAGGAAUGAAUGUAGAGCUCGAGGAAGUGGAGCGCUUUGCUUUUUAUAACAGAGCAAAGUCGGCAUACGCAAUUGUAGCUACAGGAGAGACUGCUCCUUAUGGAAACCUCAUCCUAAAGAAAGGAGUUGUUAGCCAUGUGAGCGUGUAAUACUAAUAGAGUACUGAGUAGCUCAGCAGGGUACAUUUGCGCAAGUAAGGCCCAAGUAGGAUUGCCUCCAUGUGAUACCGACAUUGAUUGCAUGCACAAAACAGCGAUAACUAUCACAGCGAAAACUUGGACAUGCAGUCAUCGUACGUUUCUAAGUGCAUUUAUGGCUGGAUCUCCCAAGCAACAAAACCCACAGGGCACAGGCAUGCAGAGACUCCAACCCUAAGCAUUACCUAAACUGGAGAUUCUCCAGCCUGGACCCCUGGCAAACUGGAGAACACACUCUGAGCACGCGGAUCGCGAAUUUCGAGCGCCUAAGGCGCUCGCCCAUUACGUGUAGCGUCCAGGGGCCCGCCUGAGGGCCCUGGCAGGGGUUCCAGGGAGCAGCGCCCUGGAAGCUCCUGGAUUUUAAGUUUUUUUUAGUAUUGAAACAAGCUAUUUUUUA